UUUAUAUCUUAAGUGAUCAUUUAACAUAACUCAAUUUUUGGAAACGAAGUGUUGAUAUUGAACAAAUAGUCUAGCCGCUCUUUCCGAUAUUCGCGUCACCUGAGUAAGACAACCAUACACUCUUAAAGAAAUCAUGGACGACAAGAUCCAACAUAAAAUGGAAGUCGACUAUUCCGUUAGCGUCGAUAAUUUACUCGUAACAGUGAAGUCUUUAUUAGCGGCUGGCAAUUUUGAGUCUGCUGUCGAACAGUGUGUUUCUCUCGAAAAACAAACAAGAACAGCUUCUGAUGCUAUAUCUACAGGGCGACUGUUGGAAGCAAUUGUCGAAAUUUUAGCUGAAAAUUCUCAGUGGCCACGACUUAAUGAGCAUCUCAUUUUAAUGACAAAGAAGCACGGUCAGAUGAAGCAGUCCGUAUCCAAGAUGGUUCAAAAAGCUAUGGAAUAUCUUGAUAAAACACCGGGUGAACCGGUUAAACUCGAGUUAAUCGAAGCUCUUAGGAAUGUCACAGAAGGCAAAAUUUAUGUAGAAACCGAGAGAGCACGUUUGACCAAGGAAUUGGCACGAAUCAAAGAAUCCCAUGGAGAUAUUGAAGGGGCUGCUGCCGUAUUACAGGAUCUCCAAGUUGAAACAUUUGGUUCUAUGGAAAAGAAGGAAAAAGUGGAAUUCAUGUUGGAACAGAUGAGGCUUUGUUUGGCUAAAAAGGACUUUAUCCGCACCCAAAUCAUAAGCAAUAAAAUAUCAACUAAGUUCUUUGCUGAUGCAGAAAACGAGGACUUGAAACUCAAGUUCUACAACUUAAUGAUUAACUUAAAUGCUCAUGAUUCUCUCUACUUGAAUAUUAGCAAAAAUUAUUGGGAGAUAUACAAUUCAAAAAGUGUGCAAGAAGAUGAACAAAAGCGGUUGCUAGUACUCAGGCAUGUAAUCAUAUAUUUGUUACUUUCUCCUUAUGACAACGAACAACAUGACUUGAUGUGUCGCCGAAAGCUGGUAAAGGAUAUGGAAAAAAUACAAGUUUACUUUGAUAUGCUCAAAGCAUUUACAACACAAGAAUUAUUAAAGUGGGAUGAAUUCUGUAAUCUAUACGAGCAUGCUUUACGUACAGAAACUGAUGUAUUUUUAAAGAAAGCCGAUGAAUCGGAAUGCGAAACACGCUGGUGUGAUCUACGUUUACGAGUAAUUGAGCACAAUAUUCGUGUAAUAUCUGAAUACUAUACAAGAAUUCGGCUCCAUCGGCUAUCUCAGUUGUUAGAUUUGGAUAUCGAUAAAACUGAGGAAUAUCUGUCGAAAUUAGUGGUAAAUAAAACAAUUUAUGCUAAAAUUGAUCGACUUGAAGGAGUGGUACACUUUAUAGCCAAAAAAAUGCCGACGGAAGCUUUAAAUGAUUGGUCUUACAAUACUAGAAAUUUAAUGGCAUUGAUCAAUCAAACAACACAUUUAAUCAACAAAGAACGUAUGAUCCAUGGUGUGUAAAAUAAAAUUAUGAGUCUGGUAUUCUUGUUUUAUAUAAAUAAAAUUUUUGUUUGAAAAAUCAUAGUUUUAUACUCUAUGGGGUUUACGAAAACUACUCCCUCUUACACAUCCUUGAUUUACUUUUCUUUGAUAUCGUGUAAGCACGUGUAAUGUGGUACGGUACGACAUAGAUAUUGCUGGGAGUAAAAUGUUUCCUGUUCACAAACAAAUACAAAGUGUAUAUCAACUCUAAACUCAUAAUGGUGCUUAUCUCAAGUCCGUAACUCAUUAAUAUUGUUACAGUACAGUUAAAAGUACUUGUGUAAAAAGUGUCUAUAAGAUGUUUAUCUCUUAAACAUUAAUCAUAUAAUCGAGAAUGGCAUUUAUUUUUAUAUUUAAUUUAAUAGCUUUACAAAGUAUUUACAAAGGCUUGAGAAAAGCUGCCUAUAAUUAAAAUUAAAUGACUUUUUUAUCAUUUAGACUCAUGUUUUGAAAUUGUGUGUUCUUACUUAACUUUUGAAUUUAACUUCACUGAUAUAAUAACUACAAGCUAGUAUGUAUCAGCUGACCCUCAGAUUUUAUUAUACAUGACAAUUAUAGGAUUAUUCGUGUUUGCAUUCUUUUAACGCCGUUUUUCUUUUAAUAUGAAGGCGUACGCAAUAUACUGUUACUAUAUGGGGUGUAUGGAGGUUGAAUUUCAAAGUUUACAUCGCAGAUGAGUGCUGAACCAUCUAUAUCACUGAGCCCAACGUGAGAUCAAGAGGCCUCGGGUUCAACCGAGGUAGAAUCGUAGAUAUGCGCUGCCGAGGAGUCCCUCACCAGAACGAAACAACUAUCCAGAGCUUCCUGGUUUUCUUCUGCUGUCUAACUAAGAUUAGUCUGUGAUGUAAAUCUUGUAAUAUAUUGUGCUGUUUUCUUGAGUGUAUAGUAAGUGGAAAUACUUUGGUUGAAUUUGUAGUUAUACAUACUUUAUCGCAACUAUUGGACAGUUAUAAAAUUCUCAGAAGAUAUGAGUACAUAUUGCUCUUGAUUAGGUAGAUGAAAUUGAGUAAUCUAUGCAAAAUACCAUUGAACAUAACAGAGAAACAGGAACAAAACCAUUGUAUGCUCUCGCGUUUUUCCGACCAUACCUUCUCUUUACUCAAGUCUACUUCUGUUAAAAUAAAAGUACGGGACUGAUCAUUUAGUAAACCUAGUUAUUUACAGAUAUUUUAACAGUUGAUCAAAAAAAUCAUAUUUCUAAACACAGUCCCUACGUUAACUAGCUAUGGUCUACAGUAACAUACAAUCUUUAGCAGAUAGCAUCCAGAAGUGCGUAAUUUGUCCUUAUUUUGUAACCUGAUUAGUAUGAAAAGUAGACAGAAACUUAAAGAGAAUUAAACAACAGGGAAAUAUUGAAGGACAACCAAUGUGCUGAAACAUUAAAUCUCAAAGAUGAUUUUGUAGUCACUUCAAUUAUUAAAGUGUGAUUUGGUGGGAACAUUACCAACUUGACGCUGAUACGACUUAAAAAUGGGUAAACUUUUAAAUAAAUCUUUUUUUCAAAACAAGCGUACGUUUGAAACAAAACUCAGUUAUCCAUUUCAAAUUAAACUUAAAACUCUAGACUACUUAAUCAGAUAUAUGAGUAGGUUUUUUGUAUUGUCCCAAACACUAACUUCAGUUUACGAUCUCAUUUCGGUACUUUACAGUCAUACGUUAGGUGCUUUACUAUAAUUAGGGUACAUAUCAAUCAGGGAAAGUUGUUAAAGGACAAUUUAAUGGUACAACAAAAUAUCACAAUUACAUUAGCUAAGUAUAAUUUUCUUCUCGACCUCCUUUUUCUUCUGAUAUUAGUUUCUCAUAUAAUCACACACAUUUAUUUUAUUUCGUGUCAUGUUAAGGGAUUACACCAAUCACUUCAUAAUUGCAUUACCCUUAUAUAGAUGUGAUUACUGGUAACCAUGACACUCGCUCUACAUUGCAUUAUUACUUUCCAAUAUAUAAAUACGCGUCGAUCUUAACUAUGUUUGUUCAUACACUUGUCCCAUUCUCAUUAUUAUUAUGAUUUUGUUCAAGUCUCGAACAUUUAUCUAAACUUCACAAACC